UUAAGAGAUGGGAGAGGGAAAGGCUGACCGAAAAGUUAUAGCAUUGAGGUAUGGACCCACAACAACAAACCGAUUGCAGUUAUAAUCUGUAAAUCCUACAAUCAGCAAGCUAAAACACCAAGUCAAAUAUCGUUAAAUAUUGGCCUAGUAAAGAUUAUCUUCUUUUCAUUUGAAUUGGACUUUAUUGAGAUUCACGAUUGCGUUGGAAGCUCCAUGUUAGUCUAAUCUAAUUCAAUUAACUAAAGACAUAGGUUUUAUGAUUUUAUUAUUAUCGUUAUUACAAAACCCCUUCAAAAACUAAACUCUUAACGAACUACAACAAUAUAAUAGCCUACAUAUCACUCUAUUAUCGCCUGGUUAUGAAUCCGACUCAAUUAGCCCUCUAUUAGCCCGCAUCGGCCAAAAAUAGGCAGUGCGCUGCAUGCUCCGCCCUCCCGGCAGCGAGCCGGCAGCAGGCGGAGGAGCGCCCAGCACCAUGGACAGAGACACGGGCUGCAGCGGGGUGUAGGGACCCGGGGAUAGCUGCUGCUGCUGCGUAGGAGGAGCGGAGAGAAGGGCUGCAAUCAGAGGUGCUGGGAGCGGUCGCCUUCAGACAGACUCGCCGUGCGGAGGGCACGAUGGCCCGGCUCCGGAGGAAGGUAUGCGUCGCUCUCUUUCUCUUCACCUUGUUCCUCUUCGGAACCAUGAUGGGCCUUAGAACUUUAAAACCCGGCGACUUCUCCGACUGGCAGUCUCCGGGAGCCGACCUCCUCCCAGUAAUAGCAGACCGGCGCUCCGUGGUGGCGAGGGAGCACGUCACGCUACCCCCACGUCAGGCUCGAGCCGACGGUAGCGACGCCAGAGCGGUGUCGUCGAACCACGGCCACGACGGGACCGUAUUUUAUGACGUCCAUAUAUUUUACUACGUGUGGUAUGGGACGCCAAACUCGGACGGCAGAUACCUCCAUUGGGAUCACGCCCUGGUCCCGCACUGGGACAAUAAGAUCGCCGCCAGCUACCCAAGAGGAAGGCACAUGCCGCCGGACGACAUCGGCUCCAGCUUCUACCCUGACCUCAACCCGUACAGCUCGAGGGACCCGGGCGUGCUGGAGUCCCACAUGGAGCAGAUCGGAGCAUCCGCUGCAGGUGUUCUGGUAGUCUCUUGGUACCCACCAGGCCUUGCUGAUGAUAACGGGGAGCCUAGUGAUGACCUGGUACCGGCGGUGCUGGAUGCAGCCUACAGACGCAACCUUAAGGUUGCCUUCCACCUCCAACCAUACAGAGGACGGAACGACCAAAGUGUCCAUGACAACGUCAAAUACAUAAUCGACAGGUACGGCGACCAUGGAGCGUUCUACAAGUUCACCUCCACCUCCGGCAAGAGCCUCCCCAUGUUCUACGUCUACGACUCCUACCUCACGCCGCCCGACGCCUGGGCCGACCUCCUGACCCCCAGCGGCUCCCACAGUCUGCGCGGCUCCGCCUACGACGGCCUGUUCAUCGCGCUGCUCGUCGAGGAGCGCCACAAACACGACAUCCUGGCGGCCGGCUUUGACGGCAUGUACACCUACUUCGCCUCGAACGGCUUCUCCUUUGGCUCCUCCCACCAGAACUGGAAAUCCGUCAAGGCAUUCUGCGACGGCAACAACAUGCUGUUUGUCCCGAGCGUCGGCCCCGGCUACAUCGACGCCGCCGUGCGGCCCUGGAACAACCACAACACCCGUAACCGUGUGAACGGCCGCUACUACGAAACGGCCCUGCAGGCAGCGCUGAACGCACGGCCGGACAUCGUCAGCAUCACGUCGUUCAACGAGUGGCACGAAGGGACCCAGAUCGAGAGGGCCGCGCCAAAGAAGACCGUGACUCGAGUGUACCUGGACUACCUCCCCCACGGGCCCGACCACUACCUAGAGCUGACCCGGCGCUGGGCUGAGCAGUUCAACAAGGAGAAGGAACAGUGGUUGAUGUGAGCGGCUGGGGGUGUAAACAUGAAUGGCAUGUAAUGGGAGUGUGGGGAAUAGUGUGUGGAAGUAUGAAAAACAUGAGGUUUGUGGUCUUAAAGGGUAACUAAAUGCAGGGCAGCAUUUGUGAGUUUGCUGCCACCUAAAGGUGAAACAUAAAUGUUAAUUUUACCAUGUCAGCAAAUAUUUACCUCUUAAAAAGCCCUUCCAAAAUGUGUGAUUCUCUGCUUACGUCAGUGCAGCAAAAAGGACCCAACUGUUUGCCCUGCCUUUAUCAAAAAGAGACAAUCACAAUCUGGAUCCGACCUUCAUUAGCAACACAAUUACACUUAGUUGUUUUUUACCGUCUUUUUGCAUUAAAGCGGUUCUUUGCUCGCAAACAUGAAAAAAAGAAGGUACAAAUGCAUCUGAUUGAGAUCAUAUUAGCAUGUGGUUUCAUAAUUGGUUUACUUCCUGUGAAAAAUCUGGAAUCUAUAAUGCGAUUCUUGACGCGUUUAUCUUUAGAUCUGGAAGGGCACAUUUCAUUGAAUAUGUCAGCAGAGGACAUCACUUCGAUCAGAAAUGGCACUGUAGGCGUAUGUCCCCUCAGAUAGUUAUGUGCUCUGCGAAGGAAGUCAUUGCGAAGGAAGUCAUUCAGAGGUGUACGUGCAGCAGCCAGCCAUUCGAUAGGGAGCACUGUCGCUUUGGUUCGCUCUAAUGGGUCCUUACGCAUAAUCCACUCGGAUUACACUUCUAUGCCUUUUGGACACACCACUGGAGAUACAGAUUGAUCAGCUAAAGCCAAGACAGAGUUGAAAUACUAUCAGGAUCUUUGCCCCUUAAGAAGACCAGGAUACUGGGAUAUAAAAAUCUAUUUAUUUUCUCUCAAGAGUAAGGGUUAAAUCUUUGGAAAACAAUGCAUUAGACCAAGAUUAAAUUAGCUGAUAAUACAAACAGGAGUGUUCAACUGGGUCCACAGUGAGAAAAACCGAAUUGUUGAGCAAUAGCGCGGCCAAUAAAUCCUACAGGCCUCCCAUAUGAGAAUGCAGCUAGUCGGGAUCAAUUUAUAAUUCAAUUAAAAUCCAAACUAUUCUGAAAACGGACAACCUGUAACAAAACCAUGUAUUUUUUAAAAUAAAUAAAAUGUGUAGACUUAAAAUGUUGGUUUUUAUAUAAUUGUUCCCAUUAAAUGUAAGAGAAAUCAACAGUAAUAAAA